UUUUCGAACGUUGAAGCAGCUGGAAGUGGGACGCGCGCGAAGUCAAACGUUGCAUUUCACCAAAUUCUUCGACAACUCUCGCACACAGGUGCAGGCGUUCUGUGUCCGUGUAUCAGCGUGCGUACGUGAAUGUGUGUGUGUGAGGGCGCGUGAAAAGUCCCACUAAAAUCGGCAGCAAAGCAAACACAGUCAGCUGUUGGCCGUAUCAAAUGAGUGAAAAUUAAAUGUAAUAAGCAUAAAAAAAUUAUUACCGUGAAUAUUUUUAAAAGUUGUAUAAAUAAUUAAAUAAAUAAAAAAAUUGAGAAAAAAAGGUUAAAUUACAACAUAGUUCAGUGCAGUGCAGUGUGUGUGCGUUUCUUAUUCUUUUUUUUUACCGUAAAGCCGCAGAGGCGUUCGUUGCUGUUGCUUUAAAAGCAGCGCAGCCAACGUUUUGACAGCCAAAUCAAAGUAACAGCAGAGCCAGAGGCACAGGCAGAGGCCCAAGCAGAGGCAGCGGCUCAGCAGUAGCGAGGAGCGCUGAUAAGAAUUGCUGAAGUCAUUGAAAGUACAUUAUUUAUAAAUAAAUAAAUAAAUAAUUGAUGGAGCGUUGAGCGUUGAGGCUGAGUGCACAAGGAGACGGUUAAAUUGACUUAACCAAACGUGUGGCGUGCAGAAAGGACACUAGACGUCGCAUCUCGUCCAUUGCUUCCUCGUCAUAUCCAACAUUCAGACUGAUUCACACACACAGACAGAAAGACAGAGAGAGAGUGGAUGUGUGUGUGUGUAGAUAACUUGGAAAAUAUAGCAAAGGCAUUUCAAGUGGAAUGGCAACAAAUUGAAAUUCGUGUCGGGCAGCAGACGUGAGGCGAAGGCAACAACAACAACAAUAACUGCAUCGACAACUGCAGUGGAUAAACAACAGCAACAUAUCAGCUAGCCCAAAAAUUGUGCAGCAAAUCAGCUGGAAUUGGUUCUUGGUGCCACAUAUCCGGGCAUUGAUUAAUGUUACGCAUACGCCGCGUGCGACAGUCGCCCUUCAACUGUGCCCACGCCACAGCUUCCACAGCCCAUUAACAACAACUGGCGCACGAAUUGCAGCCACACAAUUGCCAUUGCAGCCUAUAUAUACAAAGAGAGAGAGAUAGGGGCUUCCACCAAUAACUUUCAUCAUGGCAUUCAUUUGGCGACGUCGUUCCACAACAAUUGUUAAGCUGGUAGCACUGAUGCUGGCCAUUUGGUUCUGCAUCGCAUUCCUCAUCUACACGGAUGAUACGCGUCGGCGGGCGACCCUGCAGGAGAGCAGCGGCUUCGGCGCCAGCGGCAACAAUGGCCUCAAUGCUGGCGGCGGGGCCGGAGAUCCCGUUGCACUGGCUCUGAAGAACGGGCCCAUUUCCGAGGAGGAGGUGAAUGCGGCCCUCAACGCUUUCGGUGGCAAUCGCAAUGAUUUAGAGGAUGUCGCCGAUCGCGCCGCACCACAGGAGGCGGACGUGCCGCCCACGGCAAAGCACAAGCGUGUCAAGGUGAUUCCACGGCAGCAGAACGUCGAGUCCUUGCACCGCAAUGUGGCUGUCCGUGCGGACGAGAAGACGCCCCAGAAGCUGUCGCUAUCCAAGGAAGACGAUAAAAGUUUUUUGGAUCCGCCCGCUGCUAACCUGGAAGAUAGCCCUGGCGAGCUGGGCAAACCAGUCAUUCUGCCCAAGGACAUGUCGCCGGAGAUGAAGAAGGCCGUGGACGAUGGCUGGACGAAGAACGCCUUCAAUCAAUAUGUUUCCGACUUAAUAUCCGUGCGCCGUUCGCUGCCCGAUCCGCGCGACGCCUGGUGCAAGGACAGCGCGCUCUAUCUGAGCAAUCUGCCCAAGACGGAUGUUAUCAUUUGCUUCCACAAUGAGGCGUGGUCCGUGCUGAUACGCACGGUUCACUCCGUGCUGGAUCGAUCGCCGCCAGAGCUGAUUGGUGAGAUUAUUCUGGUGGAUGACUUCAGCGACAUGCCACAUCUCAAGAAGCAGCUGGAGGACUAUUUCGCUUCCUAUCCCAAGGUGAAGAUUGUGCGCGGACCGCAACGUGAGGGCCUGAUACGUGCUCGCCUGCUGGGCGCCGAAUAUGCCAAAUCACCUGUGAUUACCUACCUGGACUCGCAUUGCGAGUGUGCGGAGGGUUGGCUGGAGCCGCUGUUGGAUCGCAUUGCCCGCAACUCGACCACAGUUGUCUGUCCCGUUAUAGAUGUUAUCGAUGAUACGACCUUAGAGUUUCACUAUCGCGACUCCAGUGGGGUCAACGUUGGCGGCUUCGAUUGGAAUUUACAAUUCAGCUGGCAUGCGGUGCCGGAACGUGAGAAAAAGCGCCAUAACAGCACAUCGGAGCCCGUCUACUCGCCGACCAUGGCCGGAGGUCUGUUCUCGAUAGACCGCAAGUUCUUCGAACGGCUGGGCACCUACGACUCGGGCUUUGAUAUCUGGGGCGGCGAGAAUCUGGAGCUGUCCUUCAAGACCUGGAUGUGCGGCGGCACUCUCGAAAUUGUGCCCUGCUCCCAUGUGGGCCACAUAUUCCGCAAGCGCUCCCCCUACAAGUGGCGCACGGGCGUGAAUGUGCUGAAAAAGAAUUCGGUUCGUCUGGCUGAAGUCUGGAUGGAUGAUUACGCCAAGUACUACUAUCAGCGCAUUGGCAUGGAUAAAGGUGACUUUGGUGACGUUAGCGAGCGCAAGAAGCUGCGUGAGGAUCUGCAAUGCAAGUCCUUCAAGUGGUAUUUGGACAACGUAUAUCCGGAGCUCUUCAUACCCGGCGAUGCGGUGGCCAAUGGCGAGAUGAGGAACUUAGGUUAUGGCGGUCGCACCUGCUUGGACUCGCCCUCGGGCAAGCGCUACCUGAAGAAGCCCGUCGGUCUGUAUCCUUGCCAUCGGCAAGGCGGCAAUCAGUACUGGAUGUUUAGCAAAACGGGCGAAAUACGUCGUGAUCAGGCCUGCCUGGACUAUGCGGGCAAGGACGUGAUACUCUUCGGCUGCCACGGCUCCAAGGGCAACCAGUUCUGGACAUAUCAUGAGAACACGAAGCUGCUGCACCACGGCUCCUCGGGCAAGUGCCUGGCCAUAAACGAGAGCAAGGACAAGCUCAUCAUGGAGGAGUGCGAUGCGUCGCAUCUGCGCCAGCAUUGGAUGCUGGAGAACUACGACAGCAGCAAGUUGUGAGGCUACUUUUAUGCAAAGGGCACCGUAUUGCUGGACAGCAGAAGCAGCACAAGCAGCACCAGCAGCAGAAGCAGCAGAAGCAGCACCAGCAGCAGCCGCAGCAGCAGUAGACGUAUUCAUAGUUUUUAAGCAGAGUUCACGGCCCGCGAGAGUUGAGCAAUAGGCAUUAGCAGAGUGUUUGCCAUGGCUUUUAACUGAAGCAACGACAUGAACACACACACACACACCCAGACACACACACACACACGAUACGAAUUAUUUAUCUGAAUAUUCAUUUUGUAUGUCUUGAUUUCAAUUGAAGCGAUAAACAUAGUGAAAUUAGUUUGUAAGCGCACAAGCAAGAAAGAGAACGACUGUUGUACAGUAGAUCUAAGUCUUCUAGGCAUAGCACAUAGCACAUUAAAUACUAAAUAUAUCUAGAUAUACAUAUAUAAUAUAGUUAUUUAGCAACUUAGGCUAAAUAGAGUUCAACUGGCAAGUCGUAGCGCAAUUUUUGCAUUUACAUGUUAAAAACUUUUUAGCACAAUUUUUUUAUUCAAGGCAAACUUUGUGUGCGUGUGUGUGUGUGUGUGCGUGUGUGCAAUUGACAAGCCAAUAACUGAGCUGUGCAGCGCAGUGCUUGCACACAAGUAUAUAUAUACAGAUAUAUAUAUAUCUAAUAUAAGAUAUAGAUAUCUUGUACUAUUUAUGAAAUUCUCCAGACAUCUAAAUGGCUUUUCUAAAGUCGAAUUCCAAAUAUGUUGUAGCCUGUAAGUCUUGCUUUAAGUCUAUUGUUGUUGUAGUUGAUUUUUUUGGAAAGCAUUUGGUGAUUUUGCCCCUCUCCUGCGCCUCUCGCCCCUCUCUUACCACAUCAUUCCCAAUUGCCUAGAAGGAGAUUCUUAUCCUGCUUAUAUUUAUUUUGUUUUUUAAGCUCAAUUUCUGUUUCGCAAAUAUGAGAGAAGACAAGGAGAAACCUAUGCCAAAUUAUGUUUAUAUUUAUAUAUUCAUUUGCAUUUUGUUAUGAACUCAACAAGGACUACAUAUCCCGUUUGUUAGACAACGCCAGCUUAUAGAGUAGCUACAUUUCGUGUGUAGAAUAUUAUAUCAUCAGCAGUUCAGACAGACUUAUCGAUAUCACUAAAGUAUAGAGCUAGGUACUUAAUCUUAAGACAAAUAUGCAAUAGUGCCUUCUACUUUAAACUGACAUACUACUACUACUAAACAGCAACUGUGGAAUCGUUUGCGCGCCCAGCCCUAGUGGGUCAUCAUUGGAGUCACAAACAGAGCCGACUGUAAAUACCUGCAUGUGCAUAUAUAAAUUUAUAUAUCUAUAUAUACGAAAACUGUACAAUUUUAUAGCGCAAAUGUAAAUAAUCGAACAUUUGAUAAUCACGCAUUAUAUAUCGAGCUACUGUCAUGCCGUGUUUGAUUUGCGAUCGUAGGAACGUUCAACGUUUACAUUUAGCGUACAAACCAAAAGCCAUAAAUGUGGUUAAGAAAUUUUUGAUAAUGAUCCAAUAAUACCCUAAGCGCGUAGUGAAUGUCUAGUACUUAAGCAAUUACACAAGUUGUACAAGGACACACAAAAUAAAGUUACAAAUAAAGAAAAA